CGCCCGUGUCUUUCAUCCAUCCCGUCCGACGUUAUCAACAUCUGUCCACUGGGCGCAUCCUUUGCACAACUUGCACCUUACACCCCAUCGCUCAGACCUUGGUGCACCUGCCACGGCCGCAGAAAGCAAGGCCCAAAUCCUCUGUGCGACUGCAUUUUGUAUGCGCCAGUCACUCCUUCCUUGCCUGCUCUAUCCCUCAAGGUUUCAUACUGCAGGGCUUCAAAGACUGCCUUGUGAGCUUCCUUUGACGUCUUGUCGCAAAGUGUCCAAGCUCUGAUACCGUCAUUCAGCACCACUCUUUCUUUGAUUGCAACUUCUGAGUUUCUUUGCUUAUACUCUCUGCUUUCUCAUUUGCAAACAACCAACUUUCGGCGGCAUCUUCAACUGCUUCAACAUGGAUGACUACGAAUACCUUCAGCCUGGGUUCGACCCCAAAUCGCUGACAGUCCCUCGGCUCCGCUCGAUCCUCGUCGCACACGACAUCCAGUACCCCGCGACAGCCAAAAAGCCUCAGCUCAUCCAGCUGUUCGAAGAGCAGGUUGUGCCUCAAGCCAAAAAGAUUUUGGCGAAACAAGCCAAGGCCAAAAGAUCAAGCUACGGCAUUGUCGAUGCUGGGAGCUCUCAGGACACUGACGAUUUCGAUAACGACUACGACCUUGCUCCUCCCCCGCCGAGGGUGACGAGAUCGAGAUCGCCGCGCAAAGCAUCUGCUCGGAUCAGAAGCGAGGAAUAUGAGCAAGAAGUGCCGGCUCCAGUCAGCCCGACGAAGCGGAAGGUCCGAGCUGCGAGCCGACAAUUGCCAGAGCCUGAACCUGAACCUUAUGUCGAGUCUUACAUCGAACCGGAGCCGCCCAAGUCUGUUCGCAAGCGAGCUGUCACUCCCAAGAUCCCGAAGAUCAAGCAGGAAGAGUCCGAGGAAGAUUUCUUCAACCGUAGAGAGUCACAGUACUUCUCUACAGAGAACCCUUUCCAGAGUGGGAGCCCAGCAACGCAGCUCAUCACUAGCCCCAACGGACGAAGGAAGACCACUGGCCUAGAUUUCGCAAAUGGCAAACUGGAAAGUAGCCCUCGUCGACGAACGGAUGGCCAUUACGCCGAGGAUCGCCCCAAAUCGUCGAGAAAGUCUCAUGCAUUCGAGGUUCCUGUCAGCGAUCUUCUUCGCGAGCAAACACCCGAACCCCAAGACUUCGAGGUUGAGGCUGGGGAAGAGUUCACCCCCGAUGCACAGUUCGAGAUGGAACAAGAGAUGGCUGCCGGUGGUGAAAGAGCCCUAGCCCCACGGCCUGCGUCGCCUCCACGUCCAAGACGGAGUCUCGCCAAACCUCUCUGGGCUCUUGCGAUCUCCUUGUUCGGAGCGUACGGUGCGUGGUACCGACAGGAGAAGGUUGCUGUUGGCUACUGUGGACUCGGUCGACCUGCCACGCAAAUCAUCCCUCCCGAGGUCGCAGUUCCCGAUUGGGCAGUGCAGCUUGCGGAGCCCCAGUGCGAGCCUUGUCCACAGCACGCUUACUGCUACGAAGAUUUUACUGUUCGCUGCGAGCCUGACUUCAUUUUGAAGCCUCACCCUCUGGCUUUGGGCGGGUUGGUUCCACUUCCACCCACAUGUGAGCCGGAUGGCGAAAAGGUUAGAAGAGUGAAGGCUGUGGCGGACAAGGCGGUCGAGGAGCUAAGAGAGCGCCGCGCGCAAUUCGAAUGUGGAGAUUCCACUGUAGAUGCUGGUCAGGCGCCAGCGUCACCAUCCAUCGCAGAAGAGGAGCUGAAGGCUGCGAUUAGUGCAAAGCGGAGCAAGAAGAUGAACAAGCAAGAGUUUGACGACCUUUGGGUCGCCGCGAUCGGAGAAGUCAAGGGUAGAGAGGAAGUCGAAGUGGCAUCAAAGGCCAAUUCCACCUCAAUUUCAGACGCCUACCUCUCGUCUACCUCUCUCGCUCGGUUACCGAUCGGCUGCACCCUCAAGCGCUCAGUCAGACUCGGUCUGGCAAGACAUCGACUCUCAAUUGGAUCUGUGAUUCUGUUGAUUUCAGCUUACUUUUACGUCCGGCGGAAGUACAGGUCUCACAAGGCGACUGCGGCGCAGGUUCCUGCGUUGGUAGACCUUGUUUUGUCAAAAUUGGCAACACAAAAGGAGCUCGGCGAGGAAGACAUUGAUGACCCUUGGCUCUUCCUCCCGAACCUCCGCGACGACGUGCUCCGUUCCGUCCACUCGCUCGGGGAGAGAGACCGAAUUUGGAUAAAGGUCAAGGCGGUAGUUGAGCAAAACAGCAACGUGCGGACCAGCCAGAGAGAGGGAAGGAGCGGCGAAGUUGGUCGCGCGUGGGAGUGGAUUGGACCGAUUGCAGGGGACAGUGCCAGACGACGCAAGAGCGGACGUAUUUCCUAUGGAGCGGAUGUUAAGACAGAAGAUACCCCGGGGACGUCAGAGGACAAGGCUGCUGCUCAUUCAAAAUGGGAUGAGCCGCGGCCUAUCUAUUGAGCUGUGUGUGUGUCGAUGGAGAUGCACUGUCGACCAGUCAUCAUACCUUUCCUAGGCGCCAUCACGCGUAAUAAUUUUCUUUGUUAGAACGGAUUUGACGCAACGAGGAGGCUCUGGUGAUAUUUCCCCCUCUCAACACCUUGCUCACGAGCUAGGACGGAAAGGCGUUCAGGAAUGCUGUACAGAGUACGGAUUUGAGGGACAGAAUCACGGUUUCGUAGGAUGAUACGGUGAUAGUUUUCAUACCCCGAGAUUGAACAUACUUCUUACCUUUUUCAUGACUCUUCUGAUGCGUUAUGAUUUUUCCUAUAUAAUUGCUGGCCGAUUUCGCGCGUGGAAAUAUGUUAAUCAGUUGGUUGCCAUCACGUUUUGAGUCGUUGCUAUGCUCGGGCGGAGAAUGUCGGAGCGAUCGGAUUUGCGAGCGGAGGUGGUGGUGCAGCCAACAACAACGGUUAAGGACACCCG